GGUUCAUUGAAGAGAGAGAGAGAGAGAGAGAGAGGUCAAUAGGGAGAGAAGAGAAGAGCGAAAGCGAUCGAAGUGAGAGAGAGAGAGAGAGAGAGAUCGAAAUCGAGAGGACGGUAAGGGUUCAUCUUCAGCUACCUUGCAAACAAGAGCUAGGGUUUCGGUUCAACGAGGCGCGAAGGAACGAGCUCUCAAACGAGGAUUUAUAUUGGGAAUUGACCUUGAAUUGGAGGGCCGGUGGAAACGGAUUGGUUUUCUUGGGGUUUACUACGUGUUUAUUAUGGAUCGAUUUCUUUCUAGUAAUCUCCUCAUUGACCUUCGGAAAGGGUUGGGAUAAGUCCUUCAAAGAACUCGUUUUCCUAAAGACCUUGUAUAGAUAAAGGGUCUUUUGUUUUAAUUAAAGAGGAAUUUGUCCGUGAGAGGGUUUUCAAACAGCAAGGAUACCCAGUCAACUAUGGCAAAUAAACCUACUGCCUUAAAUCCCAAUGCGGCAGAAUUCAUUCCCUCAGCCUUCAGAUCUCCACUUGGAAGUGCCAAAAUUGUAGAUUCCACCAGAUUGGAUAUUGCAGGAACAUCAGGAAAAGCAGUUUUGGAUCGUUCUGAGUCAUCCAAUUCAAAUUACUCAGAUGAUGAAGCUCACCGGUUUUGGCGUCAUCAGCUUCCUGAUGAUAUUACGCCUGAUUUCAAGGCUAUGGGUGAGAAUGAAUUACAAGAUCCUGGAAAUCUCUCGCUUGACAGUUUAUCAAUCCAUGAGAGUGCUGAAACUUUAGGAUUCCCUGUAGUUGCAGCCAGUCAGAUGCUGGGCGCCACCCAGGGUAGGUCCCUUGGCAGUGAUGAUCUAAACUUGCUUGAGAAUUUGGCAUACUCAGGUUCUGCAUAUGCCGGUGAUCAUUCAUCAGGUGUUUUUAUGAAUUUCGCUGCCAGUGCAUGGGAUGAGCAAUUUGUAAAUGGGGAUCAGAAUCUUAUUGACCAGGAAACCUUCCUGUAUAGUGGAGACUCCAGUGCCAAUUUUUUGAAUGAUCUAGGUGACCAAGCGGCUUUACAGGAUGCUGCCAUCAAUCCUGUUGACUUUUUGGCAUCUCAAUUUCCUGGUUUUGCUGCAGAGAGCCUUGCAGAAGUGUACUAUGCAAAUGGUUGUGAUUUGAACUUAACAAUUGAGAUUCUCACCCAGCUUGAGCUUCAGGUAGAUACUGGUUUUGCUCAGAACUUGAACUUAAAGACACCAGCAUCUCCCAACCUCAGUCCAUUGGAUUUCCCAGCACUUCCUCUUUCUGAUACGCAAAAUGGACUUUCAAAGGUAAACCGGGAUGACAUAGGACAAGCUCCCAAUACCUACAGAUCUGCAACUAGUAUUUUUGGAGGUGCCACAGAUUUUGCUUCUGCUGUCCGAAAGCUUGCAUCCCAAGAUUCUGGCCAAUGGAAGUAUGAAAGAAAUGGCUCUGGAGAUGGCAGAAUAGGUUCAAGCAGAAUGUCACAACUUCUAGCCAGCUCACAAAAUGGCAAUGCCAAAUUGUCUUAUGGAGAUAAAAUGCAAAGUGUUCGUUCAUCUCGGGCAGCUCCAGUUUGGCUUGAAACUGGAGAAGCUGUGGCAAGUAUGUAUUCCGAGUCAAGGGAAGAAGCUCGGGAUUUUGCACGUCUUCGGAAUGCAUGCUUUGACCAGGCACGCCAAGCUUAUCUAAUCGGCAACAAGGCUCUAGCAAAAGAACUUAGCGAGAAGGGACAAUUAUACAAUAUCCAGAUGAAAGCAGCUCAUGGUAAAGCAAGAGAAGCUAUUUAUCGUCAAAGGAACCCCAUUUCUUCGGAUAUUCAAAGCUAUGGCCGGAGCCAGGAACGUCUAAUUGAUCUCCAUGGUCUCCAUGUCAGCGAAGCCAUUCAUGUACUAAAGCAUGAGCUCAGCACUCUGAGGAGUGCAGCGAGGGCCGUGGGACGGCAGGCGCAGGUCAUGAUCUGUGUUGGGACCGGGCACCACACGAAAGGCUCACGAACGCCGGCGAGGCUACCGGUCGCUGUGGAACAGUAUUUGUUAGAGGAGAACCUUCACUACACACAGCCCCAGCCAGGCCUGCUUCGGGUUGUGAUAUAUUGACAACGUUGUAAGGAAAGGAAUACGCCGAAAAAUGGAAAGUUGGAAAAA